AUGGACACCACACCCUACAGUGACCAGGCUUCGAGACCUUCUUCCACCGCUCCGCCGAUAACUCCUGCUGACGAGAACUCUCUGUUCAUCAACCCUCGUCGUAAGUACAAACGGCGAGGUACUGGCUCCAUCUCCGACACCAAAAGCGAAGGCUCAGAAGAUGAGGCAGGUUCCUCCAUGUCGGAAUCAGAAGAACACGAACUAGGGCUGUUGGACUCGGACGUGGAUGCCGACGAUGACGGAGAAAGCGGGUUGAACAAACACGAAAGACGCAAGUACAUCAAAAGAAAGAGGCGGCGCGAUGGGCUCAAUGCGAGAAUUGCUGGCACCACGGGGAUAUCCAAAGACGAGGCUCGGGAGGCAGAUAAAAAUGUCGUCCGCAACCUGGUCAUCAAUGCCGUCCUCAUUGGCCUGUGGUAUUUCUUCUCACUGGCCAUAUCUAUUUACAACAAGAUGAUGUUCUCAUCCGAUCACCUCGAUUUCCACUUUCCGCUCUUCGCAACCUCGUUACACAUGGUGGUCCAAUUCAUCUUGGCCUCCGCCAUCCUCUUGAUAUUUCCCUCCCUACGACCCUCUCAACCGCACCCGCGGAUACAUGGGAACGAAGCACAGCCCGCCAAACCACUAGUCACCCCUCUAUUCUAUUUCACCCGACUAGUGCCCACCGGGACGACGACAUCUCUCGACAUCGGCUUAGGCAACACCUCUCUUCGCUUCAUCACCUUGACAUUCUACACCAUGUGUAAAUCCUCGGUACUAAUCUUCGUUCUUGUGUUCGCCUUCCUCUUCCGACUGGAAAAGCCUUCUCUCAAACUCAUCCUCAUUAUCCUCACCAUGACCUUUGGAGUUCUCAUGAUGGUCGCCGGCGAAACGGCUUUUCAUGCUCUCGGUUUCGCGUUGGCCAUGUCCGCAUCCUUCUUCUCCGGCUUCCGAUGGGCCUUGACGCAGAUCCUUCUUCUCCGCCAUCCCGCAACCUGCAACCCAUUUGCCACAAUGUUUUUCAUCGCCCCCAUCAUGUUCGUCACGCUGUUCUUCAUAGCAUGCGUUUCCGAAACGCCAUCCGCCGUCAUCACAGGCGUCGUCCUGCUGGUUAGGGAACACGGGAUCGCCAAAGCUCUGCUUCUGCUCGUGGUUCCGGGGUGCAUUGCAUUCUGCAUGAUCGCAAGCGAAUUCACAUUGCUUCAACGCACCAGUGUCGUCACCCUCAGCAUCUGUGGCAUCUUCAAAGAAGUGGUCACGAUUAGUGCCGCGGGGAUCGUCUUCCAUGACGAGCUGUCCAUGGUUAAUAUCACUGGCUUGUUGAUCACAAUUGUCAGCAUUGCCAGCUACAACUAUUUGAAGAUUGUCAAAAUGAGGGAAGAGGCGAGAGAAAAAUUGAAGAAAAAAGACGCGGAGCAAUAUCGCGAGUUAGAUGAAGAUGACGACGAGAUCAGCGAUAUUGCGGCGGCCAAUUUCUCAUUCAUCCAAGAUGCCGGUAGUGCAACCCGCGACUCCGGCUCCGGUCCGAGAACCGACCCUGUACCAAACAGCGUCCUGGGCCCGUCGGUGAAGAGAAAGGAAAAUAUAGAAUAG